CUGAAUGCCCAACGGCUUGACUUUAUAUGGACAUUGGAUAUAAACAUGAAGAAAGGGGUGAAGGAAAAUGGUUGGAAAUGGAAACGUCAGGUUGAUGAAUGAAAUCGAAAAUGGUCUUAAAUCUUGGCAGCUCAGAUCCUGUCAAAUUCAGCCCUCGAAUGAAGAACACAUACACUUUGCAGGGGAUGACGAUUAUGGUGGAGAUGAAUCUUUGGGCAGAAGCUUACAAUGUGUCAGAAAAAUUAGCUGGGUUUUUCAACACUUAUGAAGAAGGAAGCUCUGAAGAUGGGAUUGAGAGUGAAGAUGAUGCGUGCCAGAAGCAAUUGGAGACACAAGAAAUAAGGGCAGAGGGAAUAUAUAUCAUCAUCCAUUCCCAGCAAGUCCAAUUUUCUCUAAUUUAUUAUUAGUCUGUUCCUUUUCUUGUUGAUCUUGCUGCUAAUAAAAUUAGUCUUCGUCUAUGAGUUAGAGAGCCUUCAGGAUCUGACAACCAUCAUGUAUAUACGGGAUAUGAAAUUAUGGCACUGUC